UCUGCCGAUCACAGAGUAUAGUUGAGUUUACCUGCCAAACGUGUAUCUAUGAUUGCUCAAGUUUGUAUACUCGUGCCAUCCUUACUGUUGUAUUUCGCCAAUUUUUGUGGAAUAUUGUAUCUGGACGAAAACACAAAGUAUCAGAAUAGUGUAUACAAGUGCGCAUUAAAAAAGGAAUUAUGGGGGACGCAGCGAUGAACGUCGCAGCGUCCGGUGGCGGCGGUCAGCGUGUCGUUAAGGAAGGCUGGCUGCAAAAACGCGGAGAACAUAUAAAAAAUUGGAGGUCAAGAUAUUUCGUUUUACGAGAUGAUGGUACAUUAGUUGGAUUCAAAGCUAAGCCAGAUCAACAAAUGGCAGCUGCAGCACAACCAUUGAACAAUUUUACUGUUCGUGGUUGUCAAAUUAUGUCUGUAGAUAGACCUAAACCUUAUACUUUUGUUAUAAGAGGUUUACAAUGGGCUGCUGUGAUAGAAAGGACGUUCCAUGUAGAAACAGAACAAGAAAGGGAAGAUUGGGUGGCAGCAAUCAGAUAUGUAGCUGCUAGAUUAGCAAGUGAAAAACAAACUCAACAGCAAAUGCAACAUUCAUCUUCAUCUGAAGAUGUUGAUAUGGAGUCUUCUGGAGGUGGUAGAUCAGACUCUGGUGUAGUGUCUUCGGAUGUGGAUGGUGGCAGUAUUGAUGAAUUAUCUGCGAAAUUUAGUGUUCAAGGAACAUCAAGUAGUAAAAGUACAGGGAAAAAAAAAGUAACUCUUGAAAAUUUUGAAUUUCUAAAAGUCUUGGGAAAGGGUACAUUUGGGAAAGUAAUUCUGUGUAGAGAAAAGGCAACAGGCCAUUUAUAUGCUAUCAAAAUAUUACGAAAAGAAAUUAUUAUUCGUAAAGAUGAAGUUGCGCACACACUUACUGAAAAUAGAGUAUUGCGAACUACAAAUCACCCGUUCCUGAUUUCUUUAAAAUAUAGUUUUCAAACAGCAGAGAGGCUAUGCUUUGUAAUGGAGUAUGUUAAUGGUGGAGAGUUGUUCUUUCAUUUAAAACGUAUUCGUGUAUUUGGCGAGGAUCGUACUCGAUUUUAUGGCGCUGAAAUAAUUUCAGCUUUAGGCUACCUUCAUUCGCAGGGUAUCAUUUAUCGUGAUAUCAAAUUAGAGAAUCUUCUCUUAGAUAAAGAUGGACAUAUUAAAAUAGCUGAUUUUGGAUUGUGCAAAGAAGAUAUAACGUAUGGAAGAACGACAAAAACAUUCUGUGGAACUCCUGAAUAUCUUGCACCAGAAGUGUUAGAAGAUAAUGAUUAUGGACGAGCCGUAGAUUGGUGGGGAGUUGGUGUUGUUAUGUACGAAAUGAUCUGUGGUCGAUUACCUUUUUAUAAUAAGGACCAUGAAAAGCUUUUUACGCUUAUUGUAAUGGAGGAAGUAAGAUUUCCUAGAACAAUCAGUAAUGAAGCAAAAGACAUGCUUGGAGGUUUACUUAUAAAAGAUCCAAGCAAAAGAUUAGGUGGUGGACCUAAUGAUGCAAAAGAAAUCAUGGAUCAUGCAUUCUUUUCGUCAAUUGAUUGGUCAGAUCUUGUACAGAAAAAAAUUCCUCCCCCUUUUAAACCUCAAGUAACGUCUGAUACAGACACUCGAUAUUUUGAUAGCGAAUUUACGGGUGAAAGUGUUGAACUUACGCCGCCUGAUCAAGGAUUUUUAGGUAGUGGGACAGGUUUGAAUUCAAUAGCUGAAGAACAAGAGCAUUUUCCUCAAUUUUCCUAUCAGGAAAGUCACUCAGCAGCAACCUCUUCCAUCGUUUCUAUUAAUCACUGACAGUAUCAAGUGUCCUCUUUGUUUACAUAUUGAGAUGUAUGGUUAAAUGCAUGAAAGAGCCAGAGACCUUCGAUUACGACGAAUAUUUGCAGUUUGUCCACUAAUUUGGAGGAAUUUUUUUAACGCAGAUAAAUCGAAAUAUCAGUUAUUUUCGCUAAUUUAUGAUGCUUUUUUGUGCAUCUUUAAAAGGUUUUAACACAUAUCUCCAAUGGCAGAUUCGCGUGUAUGCGUGUAUGUGCGUAUACAUGCACAUACUCAUUGAAAUUGUACAUGAAAAAGUUAUGUACUAUAAGAUCCAAUUAAAUUAAUAUUUAUACCUGCUGAGUAGGUCCGUGGUGAUAUAAUGGGGGAUCGAAUGUUUGUUUGAAACAGAAGCAGAAUGAGGAAGAUAAAAAUUAAGCGUAUCCCCUAAACUGUGUUACGUUGUGAAA